GAAGCAGCGCCGACUACAAGCAGCAGCAUUAGCAAGCGUCUUUCCUCUUCCUAUUAGACAGCCAAUCAGCUUCCAGUACGUUGCGUCAUUGACGCACACAGACCAAUCACAUGAGCGCCUUCGAGAUUUUCUCACGAGGGUGUCUGGGUUGGUUUGCACACCGAACCGCUGGUGAAUGUGAGUAUGUGGUGAAGUAUCUUUAGUGUUUUUAAGCAAUGUUUUUAAGAGCACUGUCAUUCUGAGGAAGUGAUGAUAAAUGAACGCGUCCACUACUGAACGUGUCCUCAUCCUCUAUAAACAUGUUGAGAAAACUUUUGCUGCUCUUGAUGCCUUGCAUCAUUUUCAUGACGCGGAGAUCAAAGGCAGCGGUAGCGCCCAGCGCGAGCAAAACUUUGAUCUGGGGUCCUGGACUGGAAACAAACAUCGUCCUUCCUGCUCGGUUCUUCUUCAUACAGACAGUGGACUCCACCGGACGAAAUUUCACAACUUCUCCUGGAGAGAAGACAUUUGAAGUGAAGAUUACAUCUCCAACAGACCCGUAUGCCAGAAUCUGGAUCCAGAUUUUAGACCGGAAUGACGGGUCAUUUCUGGUUCGGUACCGCAUGUAUGCCAGUUACACAGAUCUGCACAUUCAGAUUCUCUUGAACGACAAGCUGGUGGGAAAGUCACCAUAUGUGCUCAAAGGUGCAGUGUAUCACGAAUCAUGUGACUGCCCAGAGCCCAGUGAUGCAUUAUGGGAAAAGAGCAUGCACUGCCCGGCCUCUUUCUCUCAGAUAGAGAGCGAUUUAUCUGUCUUUCCUAGUGUGGAUCCAGACCAUAAUGCCCAUGAGAUCUUUAAGCGCUUUGGAAAGAGACAUAGCCUGUGUCACUACACCAUUAAAAACAACCAGGUUUAUAUAAAAACACAUGGAGAACAUGUCGGAUUCAGGAUCUUCAUGGAUGCCUUCCUUCUGUCCCUUACACGUAAAGUCAAGAUUCCAGACAUUGAGUUUUUUGUUAAUUUGGGGGACUGGCCCCUGGAGAAGAGACGGGCGUCUGAGAAGCCCAGCCCGAUCUUUUCAUGGUGUGGGUCCAAUGAUACACAAGACAUUGUCAUGCCGACAUAUGACCUGACUGAAUCUGUAUUGGAGACUAUGGGCAGAGUGAGUCUGGACAUGAUGUCUGUUCAGGGACACACAGGUCCAGCGUGGGGACAGAAGAUCAGCAAAGCAUUCUGGAGAGGUCGAGACAGCAGGAAAGAGCGUCUUGAGCUGGUUAAACUGGCGCGGGCGAACCCUGACAUGCUUGAUGCCGCCUUAACCAACUUCUUCUUUUUCAAGCAUGAUGAAAGCCUUUACGGGCCCCUCGUCAAGCAUGUGUCCUUUUUUGAUUUUUUCAAGUACAAGUACCAGAUAAAUGUUGACGGGACAGUGGCAGCGUACAGACUGCCUUAUCUGCUUGCAGGGGACAGUGUGGUGUUCAAACAUGACUCCAUCUAUUAUGAGCACUUUUACAAGCAGCUCCAGCCAUGGGUGCACUAUAUCCCCUUCAAAGCUGAUCUCAGUGACCUACUGGAGAAGAUCCAGUGGGCUAGAGACCAUGAUGAGGAGGUACAUCAUCCCCAUUCACACAUGCACAUCUCCGGUCCUCAUAUGAACACAAAAUACGCAAAGCGAAUUGCCCUGGCAGGUCAGCAGUUUGCACGAACUCAUCUGAUGGGUGACAGUAUAUUCUGUUACUACUUCAAACUCUUUCAGAAGUAUGCUGAACUGCAGGUCACUGAGCCCAAAGUUCGUGAUGGUAUGGAGCUGGUGGAACAGCCAAAGGAUGAACUUUUCCCAUGUUACUGCGCAAGAAAAAAGGUCAGAGAUGAGCUGUGAGAGACCACAUGUUGUGUUAUGUAACAGCAGCCGUUAAAUUUAGAUGGAUUUGCAGAAAAAGAUGUUUCCGAGACCACAGACUUGGUGCAUCAAGUGUCUUGUGACUGCAAUGUCUUAACUGAAUGUUUCUCUUUUUGUAUUAAAUCUUUGUGUUUCUUCA